AAAGUUAAUGGUUUGCACUUAAACGACAUGAAUUAUACACAAUGUAAUAUUUUAACUUGUGUUAUGUGUAAUAUGUUAAGUUUAAGAUAAAAUCACAUAUAAAGAAAAAAGCACCCUUAACACAAACCCGAUGCACCGAACAAGGAAGUUCCCGAGAGAAAUGAAAGGAGAGUUGCUAGUCACACGUUUCCGUUGAACUGCUCUCAGAACUUUUACAGGAGGACUGAAGGUGUAGUUAUCUUAUUGAAAAUCUCACACGGAUUGACAAAUUCGGAUUAAAGUGGAAAAAUGCGCAGGCAUCUUACACAUAAAUGGUCAUAUAGGAAGGAAAUGGAUUUUAUUUGACGCUUCUGUUGUGAUGUGAGUGACCUGAGAGACGUGUUGACUUCAGAAAUAAACCGAUCCGAUCAUGUCAACUGCUUGUGUCAACACGUUGACGGCAAGCACAGCAAAUCACCUUUGGUCGCUGGAUGAUAUUCUUGGUCAAGGGGCAACAGCAAGCGUCUACAAAGCCCGAAACAAAAAAUCAGGUGAGCUGGUUGCCGUGAAGGUCUUUAACUUGGUGAGCUACAACAGGCCCUAUGAAGUUCAGAUGAGGGAGUUUGAGGUGCUGCAGAAACUCAAUCACAUCAACAUUGUUAAACUCUUUGCUGUGGAGGAGAUGCAUAUGAACCCAAAGCAGAAGGUUCUGGUGAUGGAGUUAUGCUCAGGUGGCAGCCUUCUGAACCUACUAGAGGAGCCAGAGAAUGCGUUUGGACUUCCUGAGUCUGAGUUCCUCAUUGUAUUACAGUGUGUGGUCCAAGGAAUGAACCAUCUGCGAGAAAAUGGGGUGGUGCAUAGGGACAUCAAACCUGGCAAUAUCAUGAGAAAAGUGGGUGAGGAUGGACGCUCCGUGUACAAGCUGACAGACUUUGGUGCUGCUCGUGAAUUGGAGGAUGAUGAGAAAUUUGUGUCCAUAUAUGGCACAGAGGAAUAUCUGCAUCCAGACAUGUAUGAGCGUGCAGUGUUGAGGAGGCCCCAGCAGAAAGCUUACGGUGUGUCUGUGGAUCUGUGGAGCAUUGGUGUCACCUUCUACCAUGCUGCCACUGGCAGUCUUCCUUUUAUACCAUAUGGAGGCCCACGCAAAAACAAGAAAGUCAUGUACAAGAUCACAACAGAGAAGCCAGAGGGAGCCAUAGCAGGUGUACAGAAGGUGGAAGAUGGACCCAUUGAAUGGAGCUACCAACUGCCACACUGCUGUCAACUCUCAGAGGGUUUGAAGACCCUCGUGGUCCCAGUGUUGGCCAGCAUACUGGAGGCCAAUCAAGAGAAGUGUGGGGGCUUUGUCCAGUUCUUUGCUGCCACCACUGACAUCCUGCAUUGCAUCACAGUCUACAUUUUCUCUCUCCAGCAAGCCACAGCGCACAGCAUCUAUAUCCACUUUCACAACACGGUCUCAAUCUUUUUUGAGGAUGUUCAGUCCCAAACUGGAAUUGAACCUGCAGCUCAACAGUACCUGUUUCAGGGUCAUCCUCUCGUAUUGGAGCCAAGCAUGAAAGUAGUGAACCUUCCCCCCACCACUCCAGAACGCCCUAUCAUUCUCAUCAGCCGUCGACCAGAGAAACUAGUAGGCUAUCCAUACAGAGAACCUGACACCCCUGCAAUGCCCACAAAGUUUGACGUCAUGGCAGAUUACAGUUUCUCCAAGACCAUUGUCGGGGUCAUCCAUCAGUACCUGCGGAUAGCUCGCUCACUCCAGAAAUACAGGGAACUGAUUCUGCAGGGGUUCUAUAGUUACAUUGAAAACACAGGUUUUGAGUGCAGUAACGUAGCACACAGGAUUGCCAUGAUAAAUAUGAAGCUGCUUUCUUCUAUCAGCACAGAGGAGCAUCUCCAUCAAUUUGCUCAGAGGUUUGCACAUGAGUUUACAGACUUUGUUGACAAUAAGAAGAAACUCCCAGCAAUUGAAGAGGAUUUGCAGCGGAUGUAUGGCAGUGGAGUCAGAGAGUUCCAGAAUCAGCUACAGCAUUUGCAUGUGAUGCUGUCUAAACACUCUGAGACACUGGCCCAGGAUAAGAGCAUCCAGAAAAUGGAGGUUUUGUUGGGGAAGAUUGUUGCAGUACAUCAGCAAUAUUGCAAAGACAGAAUGACAGGAAAGCUCUGCUACAAUGACGAACAGAUUCACAAGUUUGAGAAGCUCAAUCUGUCUUCAUACAUAAAGAAGGUCAAGAGUUUAUUUAAGGAUGACUGUUUGCAAAAAUACCAGGAUGUUCUGAUGGCUGCUGGCAACUGGAACCGGGUUCUUUAUGAGAUGCAGACGAGUCUGGAGCAUUUCGGAGUUGUCCUGCGGCAGAGGAUGGGGGAUCUGCAUGUGUGUGAGGCCCAGCAAAACAAGGUUCUUGGCAGAGCUGUACUCAGAGCUCUCCAACAGCCAGUAGGAGCUGAGGGGGUGGAUGGACAGAAAAAGGAUGAGCAAAUGAUUUUCAAAAUGAACAGAUUAAAGGAUGAGAUGGAGGCUGUGGCACGGGAGCUACAAAAUAACAACAACAUGAUAGAAAGCCUUGCGGUAGUUACUGCUACACUUCCAGUGGAGAAAAAAGUACCUCAAGCCAACAGACCAUGAAGACCUCAAAGAAUACACAAACAAUAGUUAUAUUUACAAAGCCUGGAUCUCUGAGCUAAAGGGAAAGCAAAACAAAACAUCUCAAAAACUGUCCUAAAUUGAACAUCUCAAAUGGUGAAGAACAGAUCAUGUCUUAAUGGCUGUUACCGGGACAGGCACCUGAAACUGCAAGAUGCAUAUUGAUGUGCAAAGUGCAAAUUGAGUUAUGACUGGACUUGAGUCCCUUAGAUUAAGAACUGUACUGGGUUUUUAAAACUGAACUUUGAUUUGAUAUCAGUCACAAAAGUUAUAUUUUUCAUAUUCAGUGUUAAUGUAGUUACUGCAUUUUAUCUUCAUGCAAUCUAGUAGUAUUGACUUUAACAGCCAAGAAAAAAGAAAUACAGAUCUGUUGUAACUACUACAGCAGUUUCAAAAUAAUUUCGAGACUUAAAUAUUGACAGCACUGUGCAUUCAGCCGACAGUAAUAGUGUAAUUAUUGCACAGUCAUGGAGUAAAAAGAGUUAUUCAGUCUGCACUUUGUAAUUCAUUCCGUUUUGAGAGAUAACUGUGCAGUAGCACUAAUUUAAUUAGUCUAUUGAUCACAACAGAGUAUCAUACGGCAUGGAGCUCUAAACAAAGUUUUGAUUAUUUGACUGUACAGCUGGAAAAAUGUGGACUGCACAAAUGACUCUAAAUAUUAUCAUCCUACAAAUACUGACAGGAGCCAAUAGACUCGUAAGUUGCUGUUUUACAGAUAAUUACAAUAUGGAAAGUGAAAGCUGUGUUUGGUGAGUUCUGAUGUCACCUUACAGGGUUUGACUUAAGGGGAAUUCCUUGCACUGGGGGAACUAUUGUGACCUUAUAGAGACCACACUGUAGCUCAUUGUCAAAGUUUGCGUAUUUUUUACUUAUCGUAGAAUUUUAUCAACUUUCCUUUUGCCAGGUUGUAAACUUGCAUGUUAAAUAUUUUGUAUUUUCUUCACUGCUGUAGAUUGUGGUAGGAGGUACACUUUAAAUGUAAAGUGGUCUUGAAAGACUAUAUAUGGUGCAAAUAAAAAUAUGUGAU